AUGGCAGAUUCUUCCGCGCCACUGCCUGAGGGCGCCUUGCCAGAGGCCAGCACGCAGGAAACGCAGGCCGGACGCAUGGCUGGCGAGACGCGCGCCGAUAGCGUGGACUCUGAGCUUGUCCCCUCUGGAUCGUCUCGCGUGCAUGUCGCCGUUCGCAUUCGAGGCUAUCCUCCAGAGGCGCCUCCGCCGCCGCAGACCGUCGUCCUUCGCAUGCUGAACGACGAGACGCUCCAACUCAGCAGGCCUGCGGGCUUCUCAGCGAGUGCAGCUGCAGCGGCCGCAGCGGCUGCCGCAGGAAAUUACCUGGGAAGCGCUGGCGGCGGCAGCUUGGGCGGCUUCAGGAACGCAGGCAACUCACACGGCGCAAAUCCCCCGUGCUACCUCUCGUCGCAGAAAGAGUGGACUCAGGAGUACACGUUUGACCGGGUCUUUGGCCCCGCGGCGACCCAGGAGGAGGUAUACCUGAAAACCACCCGCUUCCUGCUGCCCCGUGUCGUCCACGACGGCGUCCACGCGACGGUGUUCGCGUAUGGAGCCACAGGGGCUGGCAAGACCCACACAAUGCUGGGCACCGACCAGCAGCCUGGGAUCAUGAGACGCGCGGUGCAAGACGUCUUCCUGCUGCUGGAGCGGCUGCGGCGCCAGGGUAGCGCAGCCGCGUCGAACGGAGUCUGCUCCCGGUCCGCCCGCGGGCUGAACGGCCGAUGCGAGGCAUGCCCCGGGUGCGCCAUCAAUCAGAGCUCCACCGUCCACGUGUCGUACCUGGAAGUCUACAACGAGCGCAUCCGCGACCUCCUCGACCCCAGCAGAGUCUCCCUGGAAGUCCAAGAAGACGCUGGGAAAGUCCGCGUGAGCAAUCUGUCGGAGCACCCCGUUGCGGGCGCAGACGAAGCCCUCGCCCUCCUCGCCCAGGGCAACAAGUACCGCUGCUGCGCAGCUACCGCCGCGAACUCAGUCAGCAGCCGGUCUCACGCCAUCUUCCAGUUGACGGUCAAGAACGAGUGGCUGAGUAGGACGAAGGGGAUCUUCUCAAAGACCGAGGCGAAGCUUUCGCUGAUCGACUUGGCGGGAUCCGAGCGCGCCUCAGCCACAGUGAACCGCGGCCACCGCCUACAGGAAGGAUGCCGCAUCAACCAGUCGCUGCUGGCGCUGGCGAACUGCAUCAACGCCUUGCACCUGAAGCAGCAGAUGGAGCGCGGCGCGAGCGUAGGCGGAAGUUCUGCGAGAGACGCGAAAGGCCAGGGUGCGUGUGCGAAGCCCGACGCGGCGGCUUCCGUGAUCUCUGCCAUGUCAGGACCGGUAUUCGUGAAUUACCGAAACAGCAAACUCACGCACCUCCUGAAAUCCUCCCUCGAGGGCCGAUGCCUCGUCGUGAUGAUUGCCAACGUCCACUUCACCGCGGCAGCCUACGCGGGUGAGCGCCGAAUCUACACUCGCGAGCGGCCGGCCUUUACCCGUUGCUCGCGGGGGCUUUCGGCGCAGGCCUUCCACUGUUGCCGCAUUUCUCCGAACAGAGCAACAACACGCUCAAGUACGCCAAUCGCGCGAAAAAACUUGCGCGUCAAUACCGGAGCCCUGCGGGGGGCUGGCCUUCCCGGCGCUGGGACUCCGUCACAGGACAAGGCGCGCCUGCUGCGCCUCGUCCACGAGCAGUCCCAGCAGCUGAAGGAUGAACAAGAGAAGUCCACUUCUCUUGAGAAGUCCCUGGAGGAGUCCCGGCUCGAAAAUCGUGGGCUGCACCAGGAGCUGAAGCGAAAAAACUUUCAGUUCGAGAAGCUUCUUCGCCGGUACCAGGAGUUGAAACGGGCAAGAAGCAUGGACGCGAGUCCGGUUGAAGCCCGCUCAGAGGCUGCCGUCGGCGGCGAAGUGAGCGACGCGCAGAAGGAUCUCUCGCGCGAGUUCACGCAGAGACAAGCGAACCCCCGCUUGAGCGACAAGGAGAAUGAAGUGGAUGCCCAGGUGUCUCUCUCCACGCCGCCUAGGCGCUUGUCAGUCAAAAAUGGAGCUCCCACGUCGUUACCGUGUUGCCGCUCGCAGACGGCGGCGUGCCAGGGGACACAGCCGGAAGCGAAUGGGCACGGCACUGGAAAAAUUGAGUGUUUUCGGCGAAAGAGCGCUGCGACGCGGCAGCAGCUGGAGGACGUGGCCACGGUCACGCCCCUGCGUCCACGCGGGAACAGGUCGGCAGGGGUCGAUGCGGCAGACAGCGGCUCAGCGGACUCGAAUCCGCAGGCCCCGCCGUCGCAGAGCGCCGCCUGCCUGUUGCGGCCAGUGGACGGGCGACGAAGGCAGCGAUUGAGUCCAUAUUUGAAGGACGGAGAGGCGGAGAAGUCGAGUGCAGAGGCGCAUGCAGACGGGAAACCAGGGCUCGUUUCGGAGCUAGCGUCCGUAGGCGCGUCGCCAAACAGUGCGUCGCUGCGGCGAUCGCUUCGUCUGGCCUCGCUGCCGGAGCGUCGCGUCUACGAGGCGUACUGCUCGUGCUGCGCUGCAGCCUUGCGGGGAGAGGGUGGGCGAGGCAGCGAAUCCCCAGUCCGCAGUCCCCACAAAGAGUCACGCCCCGACUGCUCGCAGGGGCCCGCCAGCAAAAGCGACUCGAGUGGCUCGCUCCAGCGCGGGGCGGGCAGCGCCAGCGAGUCUCCCCCCGGCGUCUCAUCGCCGAUGCCUUCGUGGAGGAGAGAGCGGAAGCGCGAUGCCGCGUGCUGCGACAACGACGCCCUCUUCGCGAGCGCCGCUCCAGCGUCACUCUCUCCGAGGGCGGCUUCACACGGGGCUGGCGCUUCCACACACGACGCGCCUGACAGCCCUGCCCAAGCGCCGCAUCGUUUCGUUUCGACAGUUUGUUGUCCGCGGCGGACUUGGUCCGCUUCAGACGGCCGCGCGGCGGUCUCGCUGGCGGGUCGCGCCCUCGGAGAUGCCGCCGGAAUCGACGCGGGAGCAGAGUCUCGCCACGACGCCAGGCCCGCGGGCCGGACUGAAGCAGACAGGGCGAGUUCGGAGCGACCCGCGCCACAGGCCAGCACGUCAACAGGGGUUGCCCGCGAGGCCCUGGAGGCGAGAUUCGGGGGCGGGUCGACCGGCACGCUUCCGCGCCGACAGGCACUCGGGGUGAGUCGCCUCAUCAGGGGCCCCGGGGCGACGGUCGCGGCAGGUCGGACCGCCGGAAACCUGCCCGGGGGGCGAGGGCGUCUUCAGGCGCCGACGCCCGUGUCGAGCCGCGGCUCGAGUCUGAGAAGCCGCAGAGCUGGCGCGGGGGGCCGUGUGCCGCCGGCGAGCGGGGGCCUGAGCAAAAGACGCCACAAAGAGGAGGCGCUAGGGGAGGCGACAACGAACGUCACGACGCAAAGAGUCGGCCGCGGAGACCCCGCAGCUCCGCCAGCGGCAAGCGGCGAACAGCGUGGACGGAAGAGCCCCCGGUUUCGAAGAGUGGACGUGCGAGCUGCGCGUGCAGGUGCGAAAGCCGUCACGGAGCUUGACGCGCGGAUCGCUUCAGAGGCGGACGCAAAGAGUGAGCGCGCGGCGCUGUCGUGCUGCGCGGGUCAGACGGCCAAGGCCAAGAGUCCACGCGCGCUGGAGACGCGACCCCCUCUGUGCGACUUUGGCUGGCACGCGGGAGAACGGAAGCGCCGAAAGACGCGCGAUGCCUCGCAGACUCGCGGCAGUGAAGUCGCCUUCGUAGCACCGGCGGCGCCUGGCGGAAGCCCCGACGCCACUUCUGCUGAGUGCAGAAGCAAGCGGCUGCCAGGCGGUGGAGCUGUUUUGCUGGUGUGUGCGUCUUCAUGCGCGCGGCGCGAGGCGCCCGACUUUGGGGGGCCGUCUGCGCAGUCGAGUCCAAUGGGAACCGCUUCGAAAGAACGCGACCUCGAGGCGCCUACGACUUCGGAGGUCGGUGCAACGCGGGAACCCUCCGUUAUCUCAGAUACGUGGAGUCUGGCGUCGGACUCGAGCUGUUCAAAGCGUCUGCCGUCGCAGCGACCUGCGGGGGAAGCCGACUCAGCUGACCAGGCACCGCCUGCGCCUGUGGCGGGCAGCUCGUCCUCCAGCGCGCUGUGGGAGCGGCAUCCGCUCGCAGGCCCCUGGCUUCUGCAUCUGCGCCACCGAGACUCUGGGGCGCAUGCGGCCGCAGCUGCCCCUCGCCUCGACCUAGCUGCGGGAGGCAGCGGCAGCUGCAGGCCGGACAUUGGAAGCAGCAGCGUGCCUUCUGUCUGUUCGGGCAACGGCCGCAGCGAACCCUCUCGAGGACUGCCAGUGGCGGAGGCGUGUGCGCGCUCGAGGCGGCUCAGCGGGGCGGAAAACUCGACAGCACGAGCGAGCACGCUGCUUGGAGGGGCCGGGGUUGCACAAGGCACUGCGCUGAUCACGUUGGCGGUCGAUCCGAGCGUCGCCCACCGCAGCGUUGGCAAAGGACGCGCUUGCGAGGCCUCUGCUCGGAGGCAAGCCUCCUGCGAGGCGCCCCGCGGAGGAAGCACAGCCUUGAGCGGACGGCGAGGGAGCUACAGCAGCUUGACGGCAGCGCGAAAGCUGUGCAGCCCUUCGCAAGCAGCUCCACAAACCACGGCGCAGAGAUAG